AUUAUUCAUUAACUAUGGUUUGGAUUCAGAAAUGGUUGGCAGCAAUUACAUGAUGAUGACGAACGCUUGAUUCAAAUCAGAGUCAUUUUUUUCUUCAUAAACUCAAACAAUCAAUUUAGGGUUUCAAAUUUCUGACCAAUACCAUUUCAUCACCUUCCUUGCUUUCCCUGCAAUGUCUGACAUCGAUAAUCACGCAUAUCACGGUGCUUCUUCCCCCGACAAGCCAAGUUCUCGGGGAUCUGGUCAUGAUAGCACGAGGAUGAGAAGGAGAGAUGGAGACAGGAAAAGUUUUCAUGACCACCGGGACCGUCAUAGAGAUGAUAAGUAUGAAGGUUUUAAAGGAAGAGGCAAAUAUGACAGUUAUAAUCGGCAACGUGGCCGUGAUUAUGAUAGGCAUAAUGACUAUGAUCGUGAUAGAGAUACAAGAAACAGAUAUGGAGCACAUUCAAAGAGAUCCAGGAGAGAAUCUAGAUCUAGAUCACGGUCCAGAUCCCCUUCUCAAUCUGAAGGCAAAAGGACCUCUGGUUUUGACAUGGCACCACCUGCUACCGGUGUAACACCCACUGUCUCAGGGCAAAUGCCGGGGAUUGCUCAUAUGAUUCAAGGAGCCACACAAAAUUUCUCACCAUAUGGGAUAUCGCAGAUUGGAGCUCUUUCAUUAAUGCAAGUUCAACCUAUGACACAACAGGCUACAAGGCAUGCUCGGCGAGUGUACGUUGGUGGGCUUCCUCCUUUUGCUAACGAGCAGUCAAUUGCAUCUUUCUUUAGCCAAGUCAUGAUUGCUAUUGGGGGAAAUUCUGCUGGAUCAGGUGAUUCUGUUGUCAAUGUCUACAUUAAUCAUGAGAAGAAAUUUGCGUUUGUGGAGAUGAGAACCGUUGAAGAAGCUAGCAAUGCAAUGGCUUUAGAUGGAAUAGUAUUUGAGGGUGUUGCUGUGAGAGUUCGUAGGCCUACUGACUAUAACCCUUCGUUAGCUGCAGUUCUAGGUCCCUGCCAGCCAAGUGCAAACCUCAACUUAUCUGCUGUUGGACUUUCUGCAGGUACAAUUGGUGGAGCUGAGGGACUCGAUCGCAUCUUUGUGGGUGGGCUGCCAUACUACUUUACUGAAGUACAAAUGAGAGAAUUGCUUCAAGCUUUUGGCCCUCUUCGAAGUUUUGAUAUAGUUAGGGAUAAAGAAACAGGAAAUUCUAAAGGAUAUGGUUUCUGCAUCUAUCAGGAUCCAGCAGUAACAGACAUUGCUUGUGCCGCUCUCAAUGGCCUUAAAAUGGGAGAUAAAACAUUGACUGUAAGGCGUGCUACUGUCAGUGCACAUUCUAAACCAGAAGAGGAUAACAUCUUUGCACGAGCUCAACAGCAUAUAGCUAUGCAGAAAAUAGCUUUGGAAGUGGUUGGGCUAAAUAUUCCAGGAGUCCCAACAAACGAUGAAAGCCCCACCAAAGUUUUAUGUUUAACUGAGGCCGUCACUACUGAACAAUUAACUGAUAAUGGAGAAUAUGAAGAAAUAUUGGAAGACAUGCGGGAUGAAUGCCGCAAAUUUGGGACCUUGGUGAAUGUUGUUAUUCCUCGUCCAAAUCCAAACGGAGAGUUGUCUACAGGAAUUGGAAAGGUGUUCUUGGAAUACUCUGAUUGUACUGCUUGUUUAGCUGCAAAAAAUGCUCUAAAUGGUAGGAAAUUUGGGGGUAGUAUUGUGACUGCUUUUUAUUAUCCAGAAGAAAAAUAUCAUAGUAUGGAUUAUGACUUGUAACCGAUCGUAGGGAAAGAUAUAACUAUCUAUUUGUAGUGUUUAUAGCCACUUUUUGUCACUCAAGUUUUUAUAUGCAACUUUGCAACCAAGUUUAUUACAUAUAUAAUGUACUUGUCAAUCAUAUAUUGAUGCUAUUGUCGUUGAUGUGUUCAUCCAUUCACGGGAAAAUAACUUCUAUUGGUUCAA